AUGCGCCUCAACCUUACUCUCCUCCCUCUCCUCCCCCUCACAAGCGCCUUCACCCUAAACACCAAAACCCCCUACUGGUCCUACACCACCACCUCCCUCGCAAACACCACCUCAGAAGAAUGCAAAACCGCCUACAGCGCUGAAAUAGCAUGUGACCCCUACCUCCUUACCCUAGUCAACGCCAACGAAAUGCGUCCUUACCUCCCGUCCAUGCAAAAGUCCAAUUUCACAAAGACAUGCAUGAAGACAUGUCAUGAUUCGUUGGCGCAGUAUAUCCAGAACGUGGAGAGCACAUGCUCAAGCCCCGAAGACGGCGAUGCAGCGCUCAAGGGCGUUGGCGUUUGGGGGGGGAUGGAAUUUCGAAACGUCCCUGUGGUUACGGUUGGACGGGUAUUGGAGUAUACGCUUAUGUCGGCUUGUGCGGUUGAUGAGAAUGGUGAGAACUGCUACAUCUCGCAAUCGUCAGUCAUCCCAAGCAAAUUCAGCUGCUCGUGGGGCUGUGCUGUGGCAUAUUGGUAUAACAGGCAUGAGUACCCAUACAGCGAGUGGCAGUUUGGGGAUACAUCAGGGAGUGAUAUCGAGAUGAGUAAAGACGGGAAAGCGCGGGAGGUGAACGACAUGAACGCUGUGCUUGUUCAGCAUUCUGUGUUUGGGGACCAGAUGGAGGGAGCCUGGAGGGUUGUUGAGGGGUGUAUGGCUCGGAAUUCGUCAUUCAAGACAGGGAUUGAGGGUGUUGCUGUUGGUGUCAAGGUUGGAUCUGGGAUGAAUAGUACGAAUGGGUCGAAUGAUGCCUCGUCUAGUCCUGUGAAGUCGGGGCCUGUGGAUGAAGGUGCGGUGGGGGUUAGGGUUGGGUGGACUAUUAUCAUGGCUACAGUGUCGAGUCUUUUUUUAUAUCUACUUUAG